AAAGGUAGGCUUCUGUACCAGGCCUUGUGAUAGCUUCUUCGGUUAUAGCCUGCAGUUUGCUUAGAAAUAAAACAUCUGAAGCUAACCCUUAAUUUACAUCUCAAAUAAAAUGUCAGAAUCAGAAUUAGUUGAUAUGGCCAAAUUGGCCGAGCAGGCAGAACGCUACGAUGACAUGGUAAAAUACAUGAAAGAUUUGACAGUGAAGGGCCAGAAGCUCACCGACGAACAAAGAAAUUUGCUAUCUGUGGCAUUUAAAAACGUAGUUGGUGCAAGAAGGUCUGCGUGGAGGAUUAUUUCAAGCAUUGAAUCAAAAACUUCCGAGAAGGGUGAAAAUGUUGACAUGGUAAAGAAAUAUAAAGAAGAAAUUGAGAGUGAAUUACAGGAGAGGUGUGAAGAAGUUCUUUCAUUAAUUGAUGAUCACUUGUUAAAUACAGUUCGUGGUGUAGAAAAUUGUGAUGAAGGGUUAGUUUUUUACCUAAAAAUGAAAGGAGACUACUACCGAUACUUAGUUGAAGUAACUACUGGUGAUAAAAGAAAGGAAUUAGCAGAUAAAUCCAAAGAUGCAUAUGUUGCAGCCACUGAAGCCGCUCAGAAUUUAGCAGCAACUCAUCCUAUAAAGCUUGGUUUGGCUCUAAAUUUCUCUGUCUUUCAUUAUGAAAUCAAAAAUAAUGGUAAGGAAGCUUGCAUUUUAGCUAAAGAAGCAUUUGAUAAGGCAAUUGCUGAAUUAGAUAACUUGAAAGAAGAUUCAUACAAAGAUAGCACACUUAUAAUGCAGCUCCUAAGAGACAAUUUAACGUUAUGGACCUCUGAAUCUGAAGCUGAUCAAGAAGAAAACAUUGAGGGUCAGUAACUACACCAAAAAGUACACCGAAAAAUGCGAUUUAAAUCAAUGAAUUAUCCAACUGUUCUUGUUGCCAGUUUCAAUGCUAUGAACUGUCAUGGGUGAAACUGUUGUUGACUAUUUAAUUUUUAAAAUUUCAUUCACUAUAUAUAUACUUUGUAUAUGACAUGUUCACUGCAUCUGCUUGCCAAUAGUUCAAUCUCAGGGUUUCUUAUAUUAUGUGUCAAAAAAUAAUAACAGCUUUGUAAACAUUAAGAGCUUUCUGUAGAGCACUUCAUUCUGUAAAUUAAUGUAACUUUCAUACUAAAAGUUUUUUUUAAUGAAAUUUUGCAUUUCUCUUUUAACAAAAGGUAAUGAGGAAUGAUUCAAUGUGGGUGGUUUGUGAAAGGAAAUCUGUAAAUAUUUUUCCGAUCAACUGUUAAUUUAUGGUCAUUUAACUAAUUAAAAGCAGGUCUGUAGU